CCGUUGCCGCAUAACGACACAGUAGCCUGCGUGAGAGGAGCAUGAAUAGAAGCUCUCCCUCCUUCCAAAUUAAUGUUCAUUUUGUAUUUUUAUUUGUGGUGGGUAAAGGAAGAGGAAAAUCAGGAAAACUGUGAGAAGGAAAAGGAUGUAUGCAUGUAUGGUUGGAUGGAUGGAUGGAUGGAUGGAUGGAUGGAUGGGUAUUGACAAACAAAUCAUAGAGAGAAGGAAGUGAAAGAAGAACAUCUUUGAGUCCUCUCAUUAAGAACAAGAAGGACAGAAGGAAGGAGAGGCGAAAGAGGUCUUUGGAUUUGGUUGUCUUCUUCUCUUCAUGUCUUGAGUGCAACUGUUGCUUUAGAUAUUUUUUAUUUUGGUUUUUUUUGCUUUAUCAGAAGGCCUUAGUUCAGAUUAGUUGGUGGGAAACAAAAGAGAAGGAACAGCACCAACACCAGCUAGCAGCUAGAACAAAGAGGCGAGGGAGUUGUUGAAGAUGGCUGCAGCUUCAUCGUCCACACCCUUCUUUGGAAUUAGAGAAGAAGAUCAAAACCAGAUGAAACAACAGCAGUCCUCAACACCCACUUCAUCAACCGCUCCAGCCGCACCACCCCAGAAGAAGAAGAGGAAUCUUCCAGGAACACCAAAUCCAGAUGCAGAAGUCAUUGCACUAUCUCCCAAGACUCUAAUGGCCACAAACAGGUUCAUAUGUGAGGUAUGCAACAAAGGAUUCCAAAGGGAGCAAAACCUACAGCUCCACAGAAGAGGACACAACCUCCCUUGGAAGCUAAGGCAGAAGACAACAAAAGAGGUGAAGAGGAGGGUUUAUUUGUGUCCGGAGCCCACAUGCGUCCACCACGACCCUUCAAGGGCUCUCGGCGACCUAACAGGCAUUAAGAAACAUUUCUGUAGAAAGCAUGGAGAGAAGAAGUGGAAGUGCGAUAAGUGCUCAAAGAGAUACGCAGUGCAGUCAGAUUGGAAAGCUCAUUCAAAGACCUGUGGUACUAGGGAAUACAGAUGCGACUGCGGAACUCUUUUCUCAAGGAGAGACAGUUUCAUUACCCACAGGGCCUUCUGUGAUGCACUGGCUCAAGAGAGUGCAAGGAUUCCCACUGGCCUAAGUACCAUGGGAAGCCACUUAUAUGGAAGUAGCAGCGUGGGUUUAGGCUUAUCACAAGUGGGUUCACAAAUUUCUUCAUUGCAAGAUCAGAACCACCCAUCCAGUGAUAUACUACGGCUUGGUGGUGCCGGAGGGCCACAGUUUGAUCAUCUGAUCCCUCCGUCCAACCCUUCAUCAUUCCGUCCGGCACAGCCCACGCCUUCGUCGGCCUUCUUCCUUCCAGGCUCAAACCAAGACUUCCAUGAAGAGCAACAGUCCCACCACGGCUUAUUGCAAAACAAGCCCUUCCAUGGAUUAAUGCAGCUUCCUGAUCUCCAAAACAACCCAAGCAACUCUUCUUCUGCCACCGCUGCCAAUCUCUUUAACCUAAGUUUCUUCUCCAAUAGCAGCACCACCAGCAACAACACCAAUAAUAACAACCACCAUCUAUCCUCUUCUGGUUUAUUAAUUCCCGAGCAGUUUAAUGGGACUCCCGGAGGUGAAGGGAGUAGUCUCUUUUCAGGUAGCAUCAUGGGUGAUCACAUGGGUUCAAGCGUCCCUUCCAUCUACAAUUCUUCCGUGCAAAAUGACACCGGAAUCGCUCAAAUGUCUGCAACUGCAUUGCUCCAGAAGGCUGCUCAAAUGGGUUCAACUACAAGUGGCAAUGGUGCUUCUUUGCUAAGAGGUUUCGCCAGCUCUUCGUCGAGUGGUGUCAAAUCAGAUAGAUCUCACAUGUCUGCAAAUUUUAGAGGAAGUUUUGGAGGAGGUGGUGGUGGAGAAAACAUGAGGUCGCAGCUAGAAAAUGAAAACAAUUUCCAAGACUUAAUGAAUUCUCUUGCAAAUGGUGGUUCUUCUAUUUUUGGGAGUGGAUCUGGAGGAGUCCCUGGGUUUGGAGGAAACUGCACUAGUGGUGGACAUGAACAAGAAGCGAGCUUUGGAGGAUUUAAUGCCAAUAGGAUUUCGUUAGAUCAGCAUCAUCACAGCACGAAUUUGUGUAACAUGGACGAAUCUAAGUUGCAUCAAAACCUUGCAGUGAGCAUUGGAGGAUCAGAUAGAUUAACCAGAGACUUCCUUGGUGUUGGGGGUAUGGUGAGAAGCAUGAGUGGUGGGAUACCUCAAAGAGAACAGCAUCAUGGCCUUGACAUCAGCUCUUUGGACUCUGAAAUGAAGUCGGCCACAUCGAAUCGACCUUUUGGAGGUGGGAAUUUGCAGUGAGGCAGUGUUGAGGUAAAAGGGAAAAGAAAGAGAGUUUUUAGGUAUGUAACUCAACUUGGGGAAUUUUACUGGGCAAAAUUUGUGAUGGAUGCUGUUUAAUUAUAGUAGGAUUUCAUACGUACAUGGGCCUCAAGGCUUUUUUAUCUCUCAUCGAUUUUCACAUAAUUUCGUCCUGUGAGUAGUUGUUUUUCUUAUAGAUAGUCGUGAAACUGAGAUUACUUAG